CGCUGACUCAGAAGGAUCGUUUUCUUGUGAAGUGCUUCUAUUUGUAGAAAGUUGGCGAUCAUCGUGACUAUCACAACCAAUGUUAAUAGUUAAUUUCGCCAGGCAAUGAAUCGAGGUCCGGAGCAUCGCAGACUUCCGACGGCGCCUGGCGCUCGGUUGUUGGAGGACAUCCGGAAGGUCGGUAAAAAUGCGCCCCUGACUUCGGGUGGACCUGGCUCUCGAUUUCUAGCCUCCAUCAAUCGGAAAGCCAACCCAGAGUACAACAGGAAGAAAAUAUGGCAGGAGCUAAACAUGCCAACGGGGUGCGAUUUCCUUGGUCCCCAUGUUUUUACUUUGCCGGAGAGGCUGUUGAAACAUGGACCGAAGAUGAGACCGUCGCCGUUGGUAAAACCCAAAUCGGAACGGUCCGCGACCCAGAGGAAAAAGAGUAGAUCCUACACGGCCUUGCGUAAAGACCGGGAAGAGUUCCGGAAGCGGCUGAUAAAGCUCAUUGUACGCAAGGAGAACCAGAAGGAUGAUGAAGCGAAUACCUUUCCGAACGUGGAGGAGAGGGAGUUGUUGAGAUACUAUCACUACAUUCGGCAUGGCAUCGACACCGUCCACGUUGCACCGAUCGACAGACGUAUCCUUCAGAAAAUUUUGAAAUUAAUACCAAAAAAAUUGGUUAAAUAUAAGGAAGCUUUGAGAGGAAUUUUCACAGAAAUCAAGGAAGACUAUUCGAUGGCCGUUAAGAAAGCGGUGGUCGAUUUUGUUCUCCGUGAUGCCAUGACUAAGUAUAUGAAAAAAGAUGAGAUUGCACAGGGUCGUCUGGAAAUUAAGGACCUGAGACUGAAGUGGAAGCAUCGGUAUGAUGAGAAUCGGGUGAAAAUUAAGCGGAAUCUGUUUUCGAUCAAUGCUUGCUCCGAACAGAUACUUCAACUUUGGGACACUAUGUUCAAGAAUUUGCUUCUGGUUGAUGUCGAUAAGUUGGUACAAAAGGGACAGGCCUAUGAUUUGACGGAGUUUACGUCUGCGGUGAAUCAACAAAUAGAGGAAACAAAAACCACAUUGAAUGAUAAAUGGUAUGGAUCGAUUAAGACCAUUUUCAACAAGGGAGUUAAGAAAAAGUUGAUACCCGAUGAGAACACGAAGCCUAAAAUGCUGCGCAAAUUUUUUAACUCACUGGCAACGUUGAUGACCCGACAGUUGCAAAAUUUGUGCGUCAAUAGUGUUAUCGCGUAUACGAACUACAUUUGUGACGUUGGAAAAUCCAAUCAAGGGUUCCGCUUGACUAUCCUCUUGGAAAACCAGGACACUCUCUCGUUCAUUCCUAGUUUUCCUCGAUUCCAGGUUGAAAUCAUCAAGGUGAUUGACAACAUUACAAAAGCCGUUAAGAGUUUCAAACGAAUUGAGAGGCAACUGAAGCCGAAUUUCCCCUGUCCGGAUCCGCUGUUGAAGCCCGAGAUAUCUGGAGGAGUGAUCGCUGAAUGCAAAGCUCGUAUCUAUGAUGUGCUAGAGGAGCAACGAAUUGGCCCUGAACUCCGGAUGCAGGAUUUUGAUCACUACAUGACUCUGAUGAACGGGACAGACAUGGAUGAGAUCGAACGCUUCAUGGAGAAGCGUCCAAGCUUUGAAGAGUACUGCAAGUACAUCCAACACUACAAAGAAAUGGAAGACAAUGUGGCUAAGGAAAUAUAUGGAGUAAUUUCGAUGGGAUUCUAUGAGUUCCAUCGGGAGGGUUUGAUUGACACACUAGAGGGUUUGGCAAAGUUUAUGCAGCAGGAGUUGAUUGCAAAAAUGACCGCAGAACAGCAGAACGCGGCUUCCAAGCUUGCCAAUGAAUACGAGGCAAUCGCCACAAAAAUUCUCACUAUUCCGAAGGACACCGUUGAACUGAUGUCACUGAAAGAAUAUGCCAUUAAGAUGGAGGAGACCACAAUUCCGAAUAUGGAGGCUAGAUUGAAGAUCAACUUGAGUCAUCUGUUGUAUCUGACGGACUACACAAUUUUUACACCCCUCGAGAUCAAGCAGAAUAACAACACUUUUCAGUGGUACCUGAAAAUGCCAAACAUUUUCCAGGACCAUAAAAAUAUAAUCGCCGAGAAAGUGAUAGAGUAUCAAGAUUCUCUGAAGAGACGAAUCGAAAACUUUCGACGAGAUUUGGAGAUCUACUGGACACAGGUCAAGGACUACGACUCAUGGGGAGAGAUAAAGAAUCUUCCCAAGUACAAGAAGAAGGCAACCACACUCGAUAGUAAAUUGGUCGCGGCAAUGGAUAAGAUUGACCAGAUCAACGAGGAGGAGAUUGCCUACGGUUGGGAGUUGUCGCAGUAUCCCUUGCGGAAGCAGUGUCACGAUAAGCUCACGCCGUACAAAAAACUGUAUGACGCUGGGCAAGAGUUUAUGGAUAAGCAUGAACUGUGGAUGCAUACACAGGUCGGUACACAUGAUCCCGAACAGGUUGAGGAAACCGUUGGAACGCUGUAUCGAACGGUGUACAAGCUGGAAAAGCAAUUCGCCGAUUCGUAUCAAACGCAGAGGCUGGCACAUGAUAUCAAGAAUCGUAUCGACCAGUUCAAGACGCAUAUGCCGAUAGUACAGACCCUCGGUAAUCCAGGCAUGAAGGAACGCCACUGGGAACAGGUGUCGGAAAUUAUCGGCUUUCCUAUCAAGAUCGCACCAGACCUCACGUUGGAGAAGGUGAUUGACUACGGCUUGGAUGACUACAUUCAGCGGUUCGAGACGAUUUCCGAGAGCGCGACCAAGGAGAAUAAUCUCGAGAAAGCCAUGAUCAAGAUGGUCAACGAGUGGAGCGAUAUGGCGUUCUUGGUGCUACCGUACCGAGACACGGGAACGUACAUUCUGUCGGCAGUGGACGACAUUCAACUUUUGCUCGAUGACCACAUAAUUAAAACUCAAACGAUGAAGAGCUCGCUGUACAUCAAACCAUUUGAGGCCGACAUUUUGGCAUGGGAGAAGAAGCUAGUGCUUUUGCAGGACAUUCUGGACGAUUGGCUUAAGGUACAGGCGACAUGGAUGUAUCUGGAACCGAUAUUCUCCAGUCCUGACAUCCAGUCGCAAAUGCCUGAAGAAGGUCGUCGUUUCAGCGCCGUCGACAAGAUCUGGAAGGAUCUGAUGAAGUCAGUUCACGCCGACUGCCGAGUUCUGGCGGUCCUUGAAAUUGACAAAAUGUCGGAGAAAUUGAAGAAAUCGUACAGCCUUCUGGAGAUCAUUCAGAAGGGUCUCAACGAGUAUCUGGAGAAGAAACGUCUCUACUUCCCGCGGUUCUUCUUCCUCUCCAACGACGAGCUGUUGGAGAUUCUGUCGGAAACGAAAAAUCCUACUCGCGUACAGCCACAUCUGAAGAAGUGCUUCGAAGGUAUCGCCACGUUGCACUUCACUGAAUCGCUUGACAUUACCAUGAUGCGAUCGAGUGAAGGGGAAGAAGUAGCACUGGUUGAUGAGGUAUCAACCAGCAAGGCAAAGGGCCAGGUUGAGAAAUGGUUGCUGGAUCUGGAGAAGUCGAUGAAGAAGAGUGUGCACUUGAAGAUUGACGAAUCGUAUGAAUCAUAUGCAAACACUGUACGACACGAAUGGGUUCUGCAAUGGCCUGGACAGUGUAUCCAAAGCAUAUCGUGUGCAUUUUGGACGUUGGAAAUAAGCCUUUGUUUCGAUAGCCCUGAUCCGUUACAAGCCCUUGAAGAGUACAAAGAAACGUGCAAGAUUCAGAUAUCGCAUAUCGUUGAUCUUGUCAGAGGUAAACUCGCACUGCAGAAUCGUAUCACACUGGGGGCGUUGAUUGUUCUUGAUGUUCAUGCCCGAGAUGUAUUAAUGGAUCUAAUUGAGAAGAAAACAACGAAAGCUGACGAUUUCAAUUGGUUGGCUCAAUUGCGUUAUUACAUGGAAGAUAAGCAACUGUUAACAAGGAUGAUCAAUUCAACUCUUCUGUAUGGAUACGAAUAUUUGGGAAACACUACACGAUUGGUGAUUACGCCGCUAACCGAUAGAUGUUUCCGUACACUAUUUGGCGCUCUACAUCUCCAUUUGGGUGGAGCUCCCGAAGGUCCUGCCGGAACUGGUAAAACAGAGACCACCAAAGAUUUGGCAAAAGCAGUCGCUAAGCAGUGUGUCGUGUUCAAUUGUUCCGAUGGGUUGGACUAUAUAGCGUUGGGAAAGUUUUUCAAAGGUCUUGCUUCCUGUGGAGCUUGGUCGUGCUUCGAUGAGUUCAAUCGCAUCGACCUGGAGGUACUAUCAGUCGUUGCCCAGCAAAUACUUACAAUUCAGCGUGGUAUCAACUCCGGUUCACCCACGUUGGUUUUCGAGGGAACUCUUUUGACACUGGAUCCAACAUGUGCCGUUUUUAUUACGAUGAAUCCCGGUUAUGCGGGACGUUCAGAGCUUCCCGACAAUUUGAAGGCGCUCUUCCGUUCGGUUGCCAUGAUGGUACCGGACUACGCGCUGAUCUCCGAAAUCGAACUGUACUCGUAUGGUUUUCUGAACGCGAAACCACUGGCCAUCAAGAUCGUUGCGACAUACCGCCUGUGCUCCGAACAGUUAAGCUCCCAGCCUCAUUAUGAUUACGGAAUGCGGGCGGUAAAGUCGGUGCUGAAGGCGGCUGGAGCAUUGAAACUACGUUACCCCGAAGAAUUGGAGGAUAUUCUUGUUUUGAGAUCGAUUAAGGAUGUCAAUUUGGCUAAAUUUUUGAACCAAGAUGUUCCACUAUUCCAGGGAAUCAUAUCAGAUUUGUUCCCUGGCGUAGUCUUGCCUGAACCGGAUUAUGAAGUGUUUAACACAGCUGUGCAGAAGGCUUGCGAGAAGAAUAACAUGCAAUGUACACCGUUCUUCCUCGAGAAGGUUCAACAGCUCUACGAGAUGAUUGUGGUUCGACACGGCCUCAUGCUGGUCGGACCUCCAUUUGGUGGGAAGACUUCCGCAUAUCGGGUAUUGGCGGAAGCGUUGGGGUAUAUCGAAGAGCAAGGGGAAAUGGAUGAGCACAGGGCUCACUAUACAGUGAUCAACCCGAAAGCUAUAACAAUGGGGCAGCUGUACGGUCAAUUCGAUGCUGUUUCGCACGAAUGGAGCGAUGGCAUAUUGGCUGUCAGCUACCGACAGUUCGCCGUCAGUACCACUCCGGAUAGAAAAUGGCUAGUUUUUGAUGGGCCAGUAGACGCGAUUUGGAUCGAAAAUAUGAACACUGUCCUUGACGACAAUAAGAAGCUCUGUCUGAUGUCUGGAGAAAUUAUACAGCUGGCACCGACAACCAAUUUAAUUUUUGAAGUGAUGGAUCUAGACGCCGCUUCUCCGGCUACCGUGUCCCGUUGUGGAAUGAUUUACUUGGAACCAAGUACACUUGGGUGGGAACCCCUGCUAGAAUCGUGGAAGAACACCUUGCCUCCAGCCCUUCACUCGGUCAACAAACAAGUAAUAACGCAAAUGUUCAUGCGAUUCUGUCCCAUUCUGUUGUGGUUCGUUCGCAAGGGCGGGGCAAGGGAGAUGAUGCCCACAUCCGACUCGAACCUGGUGAAGUCGGUGAUGAAUCUUUUUGACUGUUUCAUGGAUGACUAUCGAAACGAGACCUACAUGAAGACGGUUUCCGAAGUAGACGUACGAGCACAGCUUGAAGGUGUGUUCUUCUUUUCCUGCAUUUGGGCUAUUGGGGGACCGCUGGAGUCGGACAGUCGCGAAAAGUUCAGUGAACUGUUCCGUUCGCUGACCGAGAGGAUUUUCCCUCCGGAGAUCAACGAUAAGUUUAAAAUCCCGACGCAUCUUCAUGUAUCGAACCUAGCGAAGCCCUUCAUCUUUCAAAUACCGAAGGGUGGAACCGUGUUCGAUUAUCGUUUCACUAAAGAGGGCAAAGGCAAGUGGCGCCCGUGGUCGGAGGAAAUAGGUCAGACAACGUCUAUCCAGCGAGAUAUGCCGGUCAAUCAAAUCAUCGUUCCAACGGUUGAAACUGUUAGGAUAACAGUUUUGCUAGAACUACUCGUUCAGCAUGGCAAGUGUCUUCUGUUGGCCGGUCCUACCGGAACCGGCAAGAGCGUUUAUACGAUUGACUUCCUGCUGAAGCGCAAUGAUACCAAUAUUUUCAAACCGCUGCUAAUCAAUUUUUCGGCGCAAACUUCAGCUAAUCAGGUACAAGAUAUCAUAAUGUCCAAGUUGGACAAACGUCGCAAGGGCGUGUAUGGUCCUCCUCUGGGGAAGAAAUGUGUUAUAUUCAUCGACGACGUUUCCAUGCCUCAGAAGGAGGUAUACGGGGCGCAGCCACCAAUCGAAAUAGUUCGAAUGUUCCUCGACCACGCCGUUUGGUACGACAGGAAGGAGGUGGUCCCGAUAAAGCUGGUCGACCUGCAGCUGAUGUGUGCAAUGGGACCACCAAGCACGGGCAAUACAGUGACCCCUAGAUUUUCACGGCACUUCAACACGAUCUCGGUGGAUGAAUUCGAUGACGCAACAUUGAUUUCGAUCUUCAGCAAAAUAGUAUUGUGGCAUUUGGACACCAGAGGGUUCUCGAAGGAGUUCGAUCCGUGCAUCGAUGAGAUUGUGCUGUCAACACUGCAGAUUUACAGGGAAGCUAGACGGAUAUUGCUUCCGACGCCCGCUAAAUGUCAUUACUUGUUCAAUUUGCGUGAUCUUUCGAGAGUGAUACAGGGAGUCCUGCUGUCGGUACCGGAGGGUACCGAAUCUCUGAACUCCAUCAGAAGACUUUGGGCUCACGAGGUUAUUCGGGUGUACGGGGACCGUUUGGUGGAUGACACCGAUCGCCAGUGGUUGUUCAAUGAGCUAUGCACCGUCAUUGACAAGUACAUGCAUGAAGACCCAAAGGAUUUGUUUGAUAGGUUUGUCGAAAGUGGUCAACUGCGGGAGCCAAAUCUUCGUGGAUUGAUGUUUUGUGAUUUCACAAAUCCGAAGGCGGACACCAAAUUGUAUCUGGAGGUUGAGGACAUCGAAGAGCUUGGAUUUGUGGUGGAAUCUUACAUCGUGGAGUACAACAACAUGUCCAAGAAGCCGAUGACUCUGGUUUUGUUCCGCUUUGCCAUUGAACAUUUGUCGAGAAUUUGCAGAAUUAUAAAACAGCCUCGCAGUCAUGCGCUACUGGUGGGGGUUGGAGGUUCGGGAAGGCAGUCGUUGGCUAGAAUCGCUUCCCACAUAUGCUCCUACGAACUCUACCAGGUUGAAAUCUCAAGGCAAUACGGAAUGAACGAAUGGCGGGAAGAUAUGAAGAAUCUUCUGAAGAAGGUGGCUUCUUCGGAUCAACAUAUAUGUUUCCUGUUCACCGAUACGCAAAUCAAGGAGGAAUCAUUUCUCGAAGACAUCAACAACAUGCUGAAUUCAGGCGAGAUUCCUAAUUUGUUCAACAACGAAGAGAAGACGGAAAUCAUAGAAAAAAUGAGACAGAUUGACAGACAGAAGGAAAAGUCACAACAAACAGACGGAAGUCCAGUCGCAUUGUUUAAUUCGUUUGUUACGAUUGUGCGCGAUCAACUGCAUAUCGUCUUGUCGAUGUCACCCAUCGGUGAUUCAUUCCGCAAUCGCGUGAGGAAGUUCCCAUCGAUCGUAAAUUGCUGCACGAUAGACUGGUUCCAGCCAUGGCCCAAGGACGCCCUGGUGGCGGUAGCCACGAAGUUCCUCUCGACCGUCGAGAUGCCUGAGAAUGAGCGUAACGUGUGCAUCGAUAUGUGCAUGGAGUUCCACACAUCUACCCAGGAGCUAUCCGACGAGUUUUUGAUACGGCUGAAUCGCCAUAAUUACGUGACCCCUACCUCCUAUCUAGAGCUAAUCCAUACCUUCAAGACGUUGCUGGACAAGAAGCGAACGGAGGUUUUGACCGGCAAGAAUCGUUACUUGACAGGACUUAAACAGCUAGAGAUUGCGGCCCAACAGGUCGGGGUGAUGCAAGAGCAGCUGGAGGCUGUACAGCCGCAGCUGAAGAUUGCUGCCGAGACGGUGGCCCAACAGAUGGCCAAGGUUCAGGCAGACAGUGAGGUUGCGGCCGUACAGAAGGAACUGGUCAAGAAGGACGAGGAGACCGCACAGGAACAGGCUGCAGCUGCCAACGAGAUCAAGGAGGAUUGUGAUGCGAAGUUGGCGGAUGCGAUGCCGAUUCUUAAUGUGGCACUAGAGGCACUGAACACGCUUACUCCGGCGGAUAUAACGAUCGUUAAGACGAUGAAGAGUCCUCCGAUCGGUGUGAAGAUCGUGAUGGAAGCCGUAUGUAUCCUGAAGGACUUGAAACCGGACCGUGUUCAGGCCCCGUCUGGAGUGGGUAUGGUGGAGGAUUACUGGGGUCCAGCGAAGAAGCUUCUGGGGGAUAUGAAGUUUUUGGACGGGCUGUUGAACUUCGAGAAAGAUGAUAUACCACCCCGAGUUAUACAGAAGCUGGAGGAGCGUAUCCUACACAAUGAGGCCUUUGAUCCGGACAAGGUAAAGACCGCGUCUACUGCUUGUGAAGGUUUGUGCAAAUGGGUCAUCGCAAUUACCAAGUAUGAUGUAGUUGCGAAGGAGAUCGCUCCGAAAAAGAUGGCACUGAAGGAGGCACAGGACAAAUACAAUUCAGCUAUGGCUGUGCUCAACGCAAAGCUGGAACAGUUGGCGAUUGUAGAGGAGAACCUGGCCGAAUUACAGCGGAAGUUGGAUGAACAGAUACAACAACAUGCCAAACUUCAGGCUAACGUUGAUCUCUGUAUGAAAAAGUUGGAACGAGCAACGGAGAUCAUCACUGGAUUAGGUGGAGAAAAGGAUCGUUGGGAACAGGCAGCCAAAAAUUUGGGCCAAGUGUAUGAUAACUUGACCGGAGACGUGUUGAUAGCUUCUGGAGUUGUUGCCUAUCUAGGGCCAUUCACAAUCCAGUUUCGUGCGCAGCAGAUUAAGCACUGGAUCGGAAGUUGCAACAAGAAGGGUAUUGUAUGUUCUCAAGAUUUUCAGCUGGCUGUGGUUUUAGGAAAUCCGGUAGAUAUUCGCGCGUGGAAUAUUUUCGGUUUACCGAGCGAUGCUUUUUCUAUUGAGAGUGCUAUUAUCAUACACAAUGCUCGUCGUUGGCCAUUGAUGAUCGACCCUCAGGGACAGGCCAACAAAUGGGUCCGAAAUAUGGAGAAAGCAAAUCGUAUAUGUAUCAUACGAUUCAGUCAACCUGACUACACUAGAGUGUUGGAAAAUGCCAUCCAAUUUGGACUGCCUGUGCUGUUGGAGAACGUGGGAGAAGAGAUAGAACCUCUACUAGAGCCGAUUCUGUUGAAGCAAGUGUUCCGCCAGGGUGGAACCAUGUGUAUUAAAUUAGGCGAUUCGAUCAUUGAGUACAACGAUUCAUUCAAAUUCUACAUCACAACAAAACUGCGGAACCCGCACUAUCUUCCUGAAAUAGCUGUGAAAGUAACACUACUGAACUUCAUGAUCACCAAAACUGGACUGCAAGAUCAGGUCCUGUCGAUAACGGUGGCACGCGAUCGCCCAGAUCUUGAAAUGGAAAAGAACGCACUGAUCGUGCAGGGCGCGGAGAACAAACGCCAGCUGCAGGAGAUCGAAGACAAAAUCCUGCAAGUGCUCAGCUCCGAAGGGAAUAUUCUCGAAGACGAAACAGCCGUGUCGGUCCUAAGUUCUUCGAAGACGUUAGCCAAUGAGAUUAAUGAAAAACAAAUCAUUGCCGAGACAACUGAGCGUCAGAUCGAUAUUGCACGGUUGCAGUACACACCGAUCGCGGCCUAUGCAACGAUCCUGUUUUUCACCAUUGCAGACCUGGCGAACAUCGAUCCGAUGUAUCAGUACAGCUUGAACUGGUUCGUUAAUUUGUUCACGGCGACCAUCGACAACACUGAAAAGGUUGACGAAGUGCCGGCCCGAUUGGAGGAUCUUAGGACUUUUUUCACGUACAGUCUAUAUGAGAAUAUCUGCAGGAGCCUCUUUGAAAAGGAUAAAAUUUUGUUUUCUCUUCUGCUCGCAACGAAUCUGCAAUACGAAGAAGCGAAACUGGAUCGCGUAGAGUUUAUGUUUCUGCUGACUGGUGGCGUGGGGCUGGAUAAUCCUGAUCCGAAUCCGGCGGACUGGCUUCCCUCUAACUGCUGGGAUGAAAUUUGUCGGCUGAACUUAUUCGAGGCUUUCGCUGGAUUCAAGGAGCACGUUGUUGGGAAUCUGAGACGCUGGAAGGCUUAUUUCGAUGACGAUUCACCGCAAUCAGCGGAAAUUCCCGAUCUGUGGAAAAGUAAUUUGACCUCUUUUCAGAAGUUGCUUAUUCUGCGAUGCUUCCGCUCGGAUAAAUUAGUACCGGGUGUCGAACUCUACGUUGAAGGUAUAAUGUCCAAAAAGUAUGUCGAACCCCCUCCGUUUGACCUGGCCGCUUCCUAUGAAGAGUCCAACUGCUGCGUCCCGUUGAUCUUUGUGUUGACACCAGGAGCCGAUCCAACGGCUACUUUACUUCGCUUCGCCGAUAUCCAGGGAAUCGGCUCGAAUCGGUUGUACUCGCUAUCGUUGGGACAAGGUCAAGGUCCGAUCGCGGCCAAAAUGAUUGACGAAGGAACAAAGUUCGGCAACUGGGUGCUGCUACAGAACUGUCAUUUGGCGCAAAGCUGGAUGCCAACGUUGGAACGAAUUUGCGAGAGCUUCCAACCGGACACAACCCAUCCCGACUUCAGACUGUGGCUAACGUCGUACCCUACGGAACAUUUCCCAGUGGUGGUACUGCAGAACGGGAUAAAAAUUACCAACGAACCACCGAAGGGUCUUCGGAUGAACAUCGUCCGGUCGUACAUGAGCGAUCCGGUCUCUAAUGUGGAAUGGUUCGAAGCGUGCAAGCAAUCCGCAAACUUCAAGAAGCUGCUGUACAGCCUGUGCUUUUUCCAUGGUAUCGUGCAGGAGAGAAGACAUUUUGGUCCAAUCGGGUGGAACAUACCGUACGAGUUCAACGAGACCGAUCUCAGUAUCAGCUUGACGCAGCUGCGAAUGUUUUUGGACGAGUAUGAAGAGGUUCAGUACAUUGCGCUGCGCUACUUGACGGGGGAGUGCAACUAUGGUGGCAGAGUUACCGAUGAUUGGGAUAGACGUUGUUUGAAUACUAUUUUGGGAAGGUUUUAUUGUAGCGAUGUGCUGGAUGAUGCUGAUUAUAUACUGGACGAACAGGGAGCCUAUAGAAUUCCGGAGCUGAAGGAACACGAGGAAUUUAUGGCGUUCAUAAAGGAGCUUCCAGCGAUCGCUAAGCCGGGGGUGUUUGGAUUGCACGAGAAUGCGGAUAUUGUAAAGGAUCAGAAGGAGACCGAUCUGAUGUUGACCAGCGCACUUAAGACACAGGAUCGAACGGAUUUGUAUGAGAUGAAGCUUCUUUUGGAUCGUCAGACUUCUUCAACUGGAGUCUUCCGUGAAACUCCCGCUGAAAUUGUGAUUCGCGUAGCGAAUGAUGUUCUCAAGCGGUUACCGAAAGAGUUCGAUCGUGAUGCUGCCCUGGAGAGGUACCAAACGAGCUAUCAUCAGAGCAUGAACACCGUUCUUGUCCAGGAGAUGGUUCGGUUUAAUGUGUUGCUGAGUUGCAUCCGCAACAGUCUCAUAACCGCCAGUAAGGCAAUGCAGGGAUUGGUGGCGAUGUCGCCAGAUAUUGAGGAAGUAGUGGCUUCGGUUUUGGUGGGUCGUAUCCCCGCGCUUUGGGCCAAGCGAUCUUAUCCGAGUCUCAAACCGUUGGGAAGUUACAUAAUCGAUUUUCUAGCUAGGUUAAAUUUCCUGCAAAAGUGGUACGAUGAGGGACCACCUUCGGCGUUCUGGUUGUCGGGUUUUUUCUUCACGCAAGCAUUCCUGACGGGGGCGCAGCAGAAUUAUGCCCGCAAAUACGUGAUUCCGAUUGAUCUGCUGACGUUUGAUAACACUGUGUUGACGCAAAGUGAGUUUCCAGAACCCCCAGAGGAUGGUGUAUACGUAUAUGGGUUGUUCCUGGAGGGGGCCAGAUGGGAUCGAAAAAAGGGAUAUAUACAGGAACCUAUUCCUAGGGUGCUGUUCGAUAAUAUGCCUCACAUUUGGAUGCUACCGGUGAAGAAGGACGAUCUAGUUGUCCGCCACACGUAUACCUGUCCUACGUAUAAGACUGCUGAGCGUCGGGGAGUUUUGUCUACCACUGGACAUAGUACGAACUUUGUGGUUGCUCUGUCCCUAGACUGCGAACCAACGACAAAUCCGGAGCACUGGAUUCGACGAGGAGCUGCCCUUCUUUGUCAACUGAGUCAUUAGUUUAACUUAUUUGUACUGCGUAUUUUUUAUCCAUUUCAUAUUAUAACUAAUAUUUAAUUGAAAACAAACUUCGGCGUAAUACGGUGGUGUUUUU